AAGGCAACAAGGAGGCACAGCCAGUAGCUCCCAGGCAGUGAGACCGCGCGUAACGAUGUAUAACCGGCAUCCGUGCGUCCCACGACGUUAUGUCAUAGAUGACAAUCCUUCGACGUGAAAUUUUUAAUACGUCUUUCAUAUUGGAACUGAAGGUCAAGGAUAACGUAUACAAGAGGAUUUGAAAAAGACGUAUUUAGGACCUUUCACGGCAAUUACUUGGGUAUUUAGUACCUGGUAUUAUUCAGUGUCGAGCUAGGUUUCUUUCUAUUACCUACACCGUAGGAAGAAGAAGAGGAAGAAGAGCUUGGGCCGAGGUGAAUUGGUCGAACACAGUGCUGCCAGUUGCAAGCUCUCUCUCUCUCUCUCUCUCUCUCUCUCUCUCUCUUUCUAUCUGUCUGUCCCUCUCUUUCUCUUUCUAUCUAUCUCUAUCUCUCUCGUUCGCUCUCGCUCCAUCUAUCUAUCUCUCUCAGCGGAGUCGACGCCGAAAGCUCGAUGCAAAUCGACGCCGUUGAAUCUCUUCGAUGAAGAUCGACGUUAGCGUCGGUGGUUUUCCUUCUCUCUAUUUCCCCUCUCUGUGUCUACGUGUCACGGUUCGAUAGCCAGAUGAACGUCGCCGACCCCAGCAGCAUCAUCAGCGUUGGCGUGUACCUGGAGAGUAUAGGAAGUACGUCCUCUGAAACGGUCGACCGCUCUGCUGCCGGAUGUCAACGAACUCCUCGUAGAGAAGAAGCUUUCUCGUGCAUAGCAGAGAAAGAGUUGGAUCGUUACGACGAAGCUAAAGCGAUUCCUAAUUUUUUCGAUGGGGACGAUAGUUUCGGCAACACGACGAUACGAUCUUCCUCGAUAUCAUCGCAGCUACGAAAGAGCUGAUUCGAUCAAAAAUCAAUGAUCGGUCAUUGACUUUCGCACAUGCGGCUUUCGAUGUCCCUGAACGCCGAACGAUUGGUACAAGAAGUGUAAAUCGAUGUCCAGCUGACGGAUGCGCGCGAUGCGAUUGGUGAACGAAUGUCAUCGUUCGAAGCUACAAACAAGUACGUUUACCAAGUACGCGAUAUGCGACGAUCUAAACUCUUAUGAUACGUAUUUGAUGCGAUAGAUGUCCUCUGAUAAUAAGAACUCUUCGAGGAAGAUUUCCACGCAAGGUUGUGCAACGUUGAAACUCUGACGGUUGCCGGAUCAAGCAAAGAGACAGGUUCGAAGUGGCUGCAAAAGUGCAUCGGGAAUAGGAACACAGUGCGAUUAUCUUUCGAAGAAAAGAGAGAGAGAGAGAGGGGGGGGGAGAGAAAGAGAAAAAGAAAAAGAAAGAAAGAAAGAGAUUAGACCAGACGCAAGCGAUUUUAAAACAAGGCUAAUAACGGUAGAAUACUGGUGAGUUUUAGUCAACAUUUGCUGGACGAGUGGCGGGGUAACCACCGUUCUUUGCAUGGAGUGAUGAGCGGGGCCCCUGCACGGGGCACAGUGCCCCGACGUCAAAGACGCCAUCAUCAUCAUCAUCACCAUCAUCAUCACCAUCAUCACCAUCAGAAACAUCAAAAACACGCUCGAAAGGAGCCUUCCGAGGAACCGGAAGAGAAACGACCAAAGGUCAACCCGAUAUUCCUCUGGGCCUCUCAAAGAGAACAGAGGAUAGUCGAGGUUAGAUGCGAGGAUUACGACAAGAGAAAUCGUAUAAAAUUAACGAAAACCGCGCAAGGAUGGCGUUCGAUACCGAGAACGACAUCCAACAUGUAUUCCACCGGUCUUGGUACGAAUCAAGAAAAGAAGACGACACCGGCGUGUACGUCUUCGAGUUCGAGCUUGAACGAGGAGAAAGAAAAUGGCGAGGCCGUAAUCGCAACUAUCAGAAAUAAUAAUUUAAUCGAUAAGGAAGCGAUCGGUAAGAAACGCAGGUACGAAGAUUUUUUGAACGACGAGAAAUAUUCGCAGGAUUAUUUCCCAUUGGAUAAUCUCCAAAAUGGAGUCCGAGUUAUGGCGGAAUGGGAGAGGGAUCGAAGAAGAGCCUCUUGUUCGGAGGAGGAUGAGAGCGACGAGGAGGACGACAAUGAAGACGAUGAGAGAAAAAGGGACGACUCCUUCGUGUUGGACACUACGAAGGAUUGUCAAAAGGAGAACGAUAAAAACAAUAUCGAAAAAUUGCAAAAAGACGUACACUAUCAGCCGCGAGUGGUCCUAGAACAUCUCCACUUAUCUCAGCUACCUGAUCAUCACCAUCUAUUAGGAACGAGUGAUAAGAUCAUUGCCGAUGACAAGGAUGCCGGUGAUAGUUACAACGAUGAUGAGAAGGACAGAGAAGAGGACGAAAAUCCGAAUAACGAAAGAGGAAAUGAAGAUAUCGGUGAGGAAGAUGAGGAUGAGGAGGAUGACGAAGACGACGACGACGACGACGACGACGACGACGAUGACGACGACGAUGACGACGACGACGACGAGGAGGAGGAGGAGGAAGAAGAGGAGGAGGUGGAGGAGGAAGCGGAGGAAGAAGAGAUUAAUGACGAUAGCAAAAAAUGUCGAGGAAAUAAGGAGGGUAUUCAAGACAUAUUAAAUAUGAUAGAUGCCACAGCCUCACCCGUUUUAGCAACCGACACGCCCAGUGCCGACUUACCAAUGCACUCCACGAAAACUUUCGAAUUAGUUUUGAGCGAGAACGUAUAUCAAAAGAAGAUUAGCGAUAAGAAGAGCAAAGACUUGGAUCCUGCCUUACCUAGUGCGGUAAAGGGUAAAUCAAGGACAGACUUUAUAUCCAAUUAUCAAAAGGAAAAUGUUGAGAAUAAUGAUAAUAUUAAUGAUUGUGAUCAGUUGGAGGUACACGAGGAAAAGAUACUCGAACGUUGCAAUCCGAGCAUCGACGAAAGAAAGAAUCACGUAUCGAAGGAGCCUACUUUCGCCGCUUGCAAGAAUAAUGUCGAUAUGAAAUCUUGCAAAGUGGUAGAAGCUGACGGUGGUAUCAGUCGUUCCAAGUCCGAAGCAAAUCCUAUUCACAAAUGGAAAAACAGCGUAGCUAUGAACGUAUCCGAAAUAGACGAGGAAGCACCCGACGAACCAACGAAGAUUGAUUACAGUAGCAGUUCAAAGAUUUUGAAAGCUCUCAGAAAUACUCCAGGACUUUCGGUUUCCAUCACGACUGCUCAUCCCCAAGAGGGAACGAAAAAUCUAAUCGCACCUUCCUCCAGGCCGUCUUCGAAAAGUUCUUCGUCGAGCAGAUCCCCCGAUUCUCAAGCAGAAAACGUAGAAAGACUUUUGAAAGGUUCCAUGAUCGAUUACUCGUCAACGAGAUCGUUCGAUGUCCGUGGUCAAGCAUUGAAUUUACCUCGAAAUCUUCCUGGCUUAUCGAUCGUCAUACCGAAUUAUCGUUAUCGCAACGUAUCCAAUUCGCAAUCGACGACGAAUUCGACGUCUCCGAAAACGAAGGACAGGGUGGAAUCGCCAGAAAGUACGGUCAAUUUUCCGAAAGCUGACUUCCCACACGAGGAGGAGGAAGAGAGGGAUCUCGAGGACGACGAAGAUGAUUGCGAUUCUCAAGUCUUAGAGGAUCUUAGAAGACAAAAAGCUGAUUCUUUAGCUUACGAUAGCGUCGAUAGUGGCUGUUUUCGCAGAUCGAAUUCUAGGAAUAAUCAAGACGAUAGAAACACUCCUAUAGAAAGUAUUAAGGAUCGUACGGACAGUGGAUGGAACAGUUCCGGUCGAAGUAGCGAAGCUCAAGCAAAGUGCAAGUAUCAGGACAUGGAACACUUUGACGAGCAGGUCCUCGAGGAACUUAGAUCUCGCGGUACCGUCGUUUCGCCCCAACCUAGUGGUAUCCCAUGUUCGCCUGCCUCCAAAAGGCCUUCCUCGGCGUACUUGGAAAGACUGUUACCUAGCCCACCUUGUUCGGUGUCCUGUUCGGAGGAUGCCAAGAACGAUUUGACUUUAAAGGGUAUCUUAUCGUCUCCAAGUUGUCUGGAGAAUAAAGAUUAUGAUAAGAACAGGGAAACUACGUCGAAUCGAUGCGAGCCUGGAUCCAACGAAUAUAUGACUAAUCGAUCGGACUAUUCCAAAGAUAACGAAAGAUCCAACGGUGGUACGCGUAGAACGGUACGAACCUUCCACGAACAUCCGAACGUUCAGAAUCAAGAGAUAAAGAAUACAGGAAGACCGAUGUCGAGCGGUGAUAUCCAUAGUACUUUCUUCGUAAACGAUCGUACUGCGGUGAAGAAGCCAAUGUCGGCCGAAUGGACGAUUAAUCGGUUAAGAAAACAGGCAGGUUAUCAUAAAAUUUUAGUACGAUCCAGGAUGCAAUCGGCUGAAUAUCAAGAAGCUUACGCGACGUCGACUAGCACUGACAAACUCUUGGACCCAGCCAGUCAACUCAGAGAGCUGAUAGAAACGUCCGGUCACUUAAUACCUGAUCCCCUUUUAGUACCGCGCGAUUAUCUUCCAGCUUUGGCCGCAGCACCGGCUACUGAAAUUCCAAAACUUUUAACCUCGAGACCGGAAUUAAGAUUACCAGAAGCAUUAACGAGGCCGGAUCUAUUAAGAGAUCCAGAUUUAUUAGUGAUAUCUUUGACUCAUCUACAACACGUGCUCGAUCACGGAGAAGGUCCUGUCUCCAGGUCACGACAAUUCCAAUCCAGGAUCGGCAAUGGCGUUAACAAAGGAUCGAGUCACGCUAACAACAACGGUACCAGGAACGGUACGCAAAUAAGGCCCAAGCUUAGUUGCAAGCCUAUCGGCACGCUGAUGCCGGCGCCCAUCGAUCUCUCUAGCAAUCGCCGCUCCAGCCCUUAUCCGCCAUUACUCAGGGUACGAACUGGAUUGCUCAAACAGGAGCCGGAAGUAAGUUCGACAGCGAGUUCGCCGGAUGAUUCGCAACUUUGGCAUCCCCUUUUUGGCAGUCAAAAGAGGCAACAUCAGCAACACCAGCAACAACAUCAGCAACAGCAACAUCAGCAUCAGCAUCAGUAUCAGCAUCAGCUUCCACAUCAAAACUCGCAUCAGAAUCAGAAUCAACAUCAGAAUCAGAAUCAGAAUCAGCAUCAGCAUCAACAUCAGCAUCAGAAUCAUCAUCAGCAUCAGCAUCAGAAUCAUCAUCAGCAUCAGCAUCAACACCAACAUCAGCAUCAACAUCAACAACAUCAGCAUCAGCAUGCCUCUUGGCAUAGGACUACUUUAGCAUCUUGACCGUUACAAUAACCUUGACCAGUAGUCGUCUUAACCAAUAGUUAUCUCAAUGCAUGAGAGAGAUAGAGAGGAAAAAAAAACUUCUUUUCCCUGUUCCACUACAAGGAAAAACUUAUUGUUAGAUUCUAACCCAAAGCGUUAGGAAAUGGUAAGAGAACAUUGGCGUAGGAUCGAUUAUAUACUUAUGUACGCAACUCCAAACGUGCUAAAUCGAUCAAUUGAUCACGAUCUUUGACAUUGUUAAUCUCAGCAGUAAAUUUUGUUCUAUCCGUUGGGACGAUAGUGCAAUAAUAAAUCGCCGUGACGAUAUUCUAGAUGUUUCUUUGUUACCAUUCGAUUGUCCAAUUUUAUUCGAUGUUACGUUAAGAGAUAAAUCGUUUUAUAAGCGUAUUUUAAUAAUCUUUUUAUUGGGGAUCUAUGCAAUGGGUUAUUGUUAAGUUCGAAUUAACAAUUAACAUAUCGUCCUUGUUAUAUUCGUUAUAGAUUUUUUCUAUUGUAUUUACGAUGAUCAAUGGUCGUGUAUCAUUUACUGUGCAAUAACUUCUCCUUCUCUCUAAUUUUUUUCUCUGAAAUUGUCACGGCGACAUUAGAGUGUAUUUCGGUUUCUUAUCAACGUUAUUAUUGGUAAAUGUCGAUCAAGAUUUAACGAUUACGACUGAGUCGAGUUUGCAGAAUGAUAGAAAAGAAACAAAAUUAAUAUUAUAUCUGCGUAUUAACGUUAGAAAAAAAGAUUCUAAUAACGUACGGUUGUUGCAGCAUAACCAUUGAACAGUAUUGAGAAUAUUUGACAAUAAUUUCAAUAUGUAAUCGAUACUCUUUUCUUGAUUAUAUAAGAUAGAAUAUUAUCAUGGGAUGUAAAAUCAAAGUUAAUCGUGUGCCUAUCAUCGUUUCUUAUUGAUUGAAAAGUCUAACUUCGUCGACUAUAAAAUCGCUGUAAAUUCGACUCUGAUUAGUUUUGCGAUCGGGAGAAAGAAAGAAAAAAAAAAAAACGUACGCUAUAACUUUCCAUGAAAAUGAUAAAGAGAGAAAUAUCAUAUUUUAUAACGAAUAUGUAUCUUAUUUUUAAUUAUGUUAUCUUAAAAUAAUAUUUUGUAGACCUCUCUCCUUUAAAGAUUUAUCAUCUAUCUAUAUUUCUGCAGUGAAAAAAAGAAAAAAAAAUGAGAAAAAAAAAGAAAGAAAAAUACCGAUUACGCUCAUACGUUCAUAACUUUAACGCGAUGAGCUUGCGUCAUCCAAUUAUAAACGCUAACUAAGUACACGAUUUGAAUUAUGAGGAGCCAGAAACGCUUGAUUUCUCUCAUAUAUACAUACAUAUGUAAAAGGAAGAAAGAAAAAGGAAAAAAAAAAAAGAGAAAAAACGGAAACGUCAAAAACGUUGACUGUACGCGUCCUAUGACGAAGCUAGGUGCUAUUCGGUAGAUUAAAAAAAAAAGAAAAUAAUUAUAAUAAUAAAAAAAAAAACGGAAGAUAAAAAACAAACAAAAAUAAGUAAAAAGAUAAGACAAGAGUGAAAAAGAAAAUGAAGGAAAUCACGAUUGAAACGUGUAGAUAGUUUUGUUUAGGUAGGUAAAAUAUUUUAUACGAUGUACACACACAAGCAGCAUCAUGUACACACAUGUACGUAUCAUAUAGGUCAAUGAUAUAAAAAAUGCACGGAUACACAAUGCACACGACAAAAAUCGUGAUAGAUUGAAAACAUAUUUCCGUAUCCGUAUGUCCGAUCGAUAAAACGCGUGCGUAAUUAUUAUUACAAUGUAUGCGCGUAUAAAUAUAAAAAAAAAAAGGAAGAGAAGAAAAAGAAAUAGAUAAAACAUUGAAUGUCCGAUUCUGUGUCCAUUAGCCUGCAGGUAACAGGUUGCCGUUAUAUAUGGCAUGAAUGAAAUGAAUGCAAAUGCAGCGCAAUAUGUAUCCUAAACUUACACAAUCCGUAAACCAUAAAUGUCGAAUUCUGAUAUUUUCUAUGUGAUAUUCCAUGUAUAGAAUGUAGGGAUAUUAAGGGAACCUCUCAGCCCUUUUCAUUUUUUUUUCUUUUUUAUUUUUUUUCUUCCUUUCCUUUUUACAUAUUUUUUUUCUUUUCUUUCCUUUAGUAAUCUUCCAAACAACCUCCUUUUGAAAUUCAAUGGUAAUUCAUGUCAUGGCUUCACGUUAACUGCAAUUUUGGACAAAAACUAAUAAGUAUCAUUAAUACCCUUACUACCACGUUAAACUCGUGGGAUGUAUAGAUUUGUACUUGUUUGUUUAAUUUAUUGUUAGGUAGCUGAAACAUGAAUGUUCACGAAUCGCAACGAUGACGAUGAGAUUUGUGAAUAGAAAAAAGAGAAAACUUUUAGAUCAAUCUUGACUGUUUAGCCUUUAGAUUCUAUUAGCAACGUAAGAAUGAUUAAAACAUUAUUUUGUUGAUAUAUAUAUAUAUUAUACGAUAUUAUUGAUUAUGAAUCAUGAAUAAUCUGUAAAUAUAUGAGACCAAUGCA